GGCAAGCCGGAGACUUUGGAAAACCAGGUCGAUCAGAACGUUCAUGCAAAACCUAUCAACAGAAAUCUCACUCAGACCCUUUCUUAUAAUUUUUGUAUUUUGGAAAAACGUUCAGAGCAAAAUUCACUCCUGUUUUAAGAUCCCCUGAAAAAAAGUAAACAAGAAAACCACUGAGAUACAAAUGCAAUUUCCGUGAAAAGGUAAAAUAUACCAUUACACUUAUCUAAAACAAUCAACUGAAGCCAAAGGAACAUGAACUACCAGGAUAUGUACGGAAGCCAUUAUGAUUCCCAAUCUGCUGGUCGAGGCAGCAACUUUGAGUUUCGGUUCGCCGGACCGGAGUCCAUUCCGAAUGCGGUAAGGCGUUACAAUGCCCUGCGAGGUGCCGAGUUGGCCCAAAUGAAGCGUCAGCGGGAAAUGGGCAGAGCACAUGUGCCCAGCAUGCCGCGAUUCUGCAAGGUUCGUCGUCCUGGCCAGGAUGUGACCAGCAUGGUGACCUCGCGCGAUCUGGACGUGGUCACCCAGCUGUCCCUCGAUUCCGAGUCCAUCUACAAUGACGAUAAUGAAGAUCACGACGAUAAUGACGAUCAUGAAGAUCAUGAUGAUAAUGACGAUAAUGACGAUCAUGAUGAUAAUAACGCUAAUGAUGAUGCGGAGUAUGAUGGUAGUGAUUCAAACGACUUUCAGUACCAAGCCCAACAGUCUCCUCGUCUUUGUGGGGGUUCUGAAUCACCAAAAGUUGUGAAGAAAAAAAGCAGGGCCCGAAAGAAGCAGAUAGCCACGAGCCGGAGAAGGAAUCACCAUAUGGAGGCCAUGCAGCAGGACCACACCUACGAAAGACUGGAGGAACUGCAUCGGGAGGUGUGUGCUGAGCUCCAGAGCUUGGGAGAGUCGUCCCCAGUCAGUCCCGAUGCCACUCCGCGUCCCCAAGUGUUGGCCAAGCAGCGAAGGAUGUGGGCAAAGAAGCAGAGGAAGGCACAGGAAGCUCCGCCGCAGGCAUCGUGGGUGGAUGGCGAUAGUUCGCCGGCCACAAUGGGUCUAAUAUCCUACGAGGACUAUCAUCAGCCGCAGCCCAAGUGGGCGGACAUCCUGCCAUCGGAGAUGGCGUCGCAGGCGAUCAAGGUGAAUGUCUGCCAGGCGCAAAAUGCCACUUCCCUUUCGGCCUACGAGUUCAUGGAGCAACACGGCACAGUGGAGCCGGAGCCAGUGAUGCCCUUCUUCCUCGAGGACAGCGAUCUGGAGCACGAGUAUGCGGAUCGUCCGGGCUACAUGCGCUAUGUGGAGCCCAAGCCAGAGUACACCUCCAGUGAAUCGGAUAGGGAUAAUCGCGUCGAGCAUCCCACCCAGCCUGUUUUUGUCGAGAUGGAGAGGCGCCCCCAUCGGCUCAGCCUGCUCAAGAGUCUCUCGCCCAUGAGAUACACCUCGCAGCGGUCGGAGGAGACGCUGCGAGUGCAGGAUCGGGAAUGCCAGGUGCAACCGUUGGAGCUGCCCAAGGCACCGCAGUCCAGGCGGGGCAACCAAAGGCAGUCGGUGGUGGAUGGUGGUCCAAAGAGCAGUAGGCCUCGCCGGACUAAUGUCGUGGCGGCGGGAAGUCAUAGGAAUCCCGCCAAUCCAAGGACACGACGCACCUUGAGAGCGGGAGGCGGAGAUGAGGUUGCUGCCGGGCCACAGAACUCAUCAAAUCAUCCUCCUAAUUCUCCCAAUCCGCCUAAUCCCCCCAAGGAGGUGGUAGCCGCACCGGAAAGGGUGAGCAGACGGCGCAAAGCCAAGCCCAUGGUGGUCUACAGCAAGUCGCUGGAGGAUCUGAAGUUUGAGAAGUUGGCCAUCUACAACAAGAUCACGCUGACCCAAGAGCGCAUCAUCAACGCACUGGACAAGCUGCAGACCAGUCUGCUCCACCUCCAGGUGCCCAAUUGCAGUGCCCAGGAGCGGCAGAAGCGCCAGCGCAAUGCCUUCGAGUUCUGCGUGCGCUUCUCGAGGAACUUCCUCUACCCCUUGAAGGGAAUGAUCGACGAUGUGCGCUACACCACGGUGGCCAGCUUCAACAGUGCCAACUCCAAUGAGGCCUGCCAGAGGGUCGUCUGUGUCUAUGGCCUGAUGCAGCAGUCCAUCCAGACGUACCAACGACAACUGCGCUACUUCCUGCUCGAGAAGGUGCCCCAGAAGCUGAGCGCCCUCAUCGAGAUGAUCUACACGAUGACCAACUGCUGCCUGGACAAGGGCAUGCUGGAUCGCCAGGACCCGGUGGUGGAGUGCCUGCAGGAGCGGUGCACCCGAUUCCUCAGCUUCAUCGAGGACAUGCAGGAGGAGCGCUUCAAGUUGGCCCGCGAGGCGAUGCGGCGAUGCCUUCGAAAGGGUCACCCCCUGGGCAACCAGAGUGCUCGCAAACAUAGCAAGAAGAAAUCCUCAAGUGCCCCGCGUCCACCCACUCAGCCCAGGCAGGAGAAGCUGCGCUCGCACGAGCGGUACGAUCUCAAGAUGUGCCUGAAUGACCUGAAGCUCUAUGAACCGCGUCUGGUGCCCAAGGAGCGUCAGCAGCAGGCGGAGAAGCGACCACAACGGAUGCGUCGUCCGAGGAACACUCAACAUGCAGCUACCGCCACUCCAGGGAAUCCGGGUGAGAAUGUUACUGGGCAGACUGAGCAGCCAGCUGAUAUGGAGGCGCCAUCCCUUGGACCCGACGAGAUGCAAACCCAGAUUCAGAUGACCGCCGAUGGUGGCACCAGCAGCUCGCUGAGCCUGCUGCCCACUGUGGGUUAUGGCGGUUACGGGGGUCAUCACCCUUUCGGGGAUGUGCAGCAGGAGAGCUCUAGGUCACCGUCGCGGGAGGAGCAACUGCAUCGCGCCUUGCUGGACGCCUUGCACCUGGUGUCCCGUUCGCAGGUGAAACAGGUGCUGGAUCCACUGAUACGAUCGCUGGGCGUUAUCCUGGCCGAGAAGACCGCACAGGGAGGAGCUGUUCACCAGGAGCGGUAGAUCCUCGAAGCAUACUCGAUCCAUCUGACAGUCGUCUAAAUUGUUCAUUUUCCAAAUUGUUUAACUAUUAUUCACUAGAUCAAAUGCGAGACAUUUAGCUAAAUUGUUAAGUAAAAU